AGAGACUUACUGAAGGAAUUUCCACAGCCUAAAAACUUGCUCAACAGCGUGAUUGGACGAGCCCUGGGCAUUUCUCAUGCGAGGGACAAACUGGUGUACAUCCACACCAACGGGCCAAGAAAAAAGAAAGUCACUCUGCAUAUAAAGUGGCCUAAGAAUGUGGAAGUGGAAGGCUAUGGGACCAAGAAGAUUGAUGCUGAGAGGCAGGCAGCAGCUGCAGCGUGUCAGCUCUUCAAGGGCUGGGGUUUGCUGGGGCCCAGAAAUGAGCUCUUUGAUGCUGCAAAGUACCGGCUUCUCGCUGACCAGCUUGGCUGUCCCGACGAGAGGUGGUGCUCGGAGGGCAAGUGGCGCUCCAAGUCCGGACCUUCUCUCGCCGACUUGUCGACCUGUUGGCGACGGAUGGAGCCGGACGAUGCCAUCCAGCCCAUGGAGCAGGGCAGGAUGCCGAAAGCGAUGAGGAGGGAAGAGCUGGAGGAAGGGGAGCUAGAAGAAGGGGAACUGGAGGAGGGAGAGCUGGAAGAAGAAGCAAUCGAUGUUUCUGAUUAUCUACCUAUGGCCCACCAGGAUGCUCGAACCCCAGGCAGAGACGCGAGCCGAGGAGGGAGUUCCAUUGAAAUGACGGACGACAACACUGCCAUCCGUGCCCUGACGCAGUUCCCGCUUCCCAAAAAUCUCCUGGCCCAAGUGAUUCAGAUUGCAACCUCUUCCUCCACAGUCAAGGAAUACAUGCAGUUCCGUACAGUAGGGACCAAGACCAAGAUCUGCAAGCUCACGCUCCGCUGGCCCUGUCCGAUGACUUUCGCUGCCAAGGGCCGUCGCAAGGUGGAGGCAGAAAACAAAGCAGCGGCGCUGGCCUGUCAGAAGCUUAAGAGCCUUGGCUUGGUGGAUAAGAACAACAACCCCCUCAGCCACGCUAUGUACAACAUGACUUCACUCCGGGAGCUUGGGGAGAACCAGAGGAAACCCUGCCACAUCAAAGUCCCCGAGGCAACCCUGCGCAAGAUUGAGAACUAUCUGAAUCACUAUCCAGUGGACAUCAGGGAAUCCAGGCCCCGGAUUGCUGAUGACAUGAUGAACCUGAGCAAGGAGUCUGGUGCGAUAAGUGAUGCGAUCACGGGGAAGACGUAUAUACCCAUGUUGGAAGCGGAGGAAGUGCGCCUUAGUCAGAAUCUCCUGGCCCUCUGGAAAAGGAGAGGAUCCUCGUGGCAGGAGAGCCACCCGCUGCCAGUAGACCCCCACAAGGACACCAUCCUAUCAGCCAUUGAGCAGAACCCUGUAGUGGUAAUAGCAGGAGAUACAGGCUGUGGGAAAACCACAAGGAUCCCUCAGCUCCUGCUGGAACACUACAUCCUGGAGGGACGCGGCGCCCGCUGCAACGUGGUGAUCACCCAGCCGAGGAGGAUCAGCGCCAUCUCGGUCGCCCAGCGCGUGGCGCAAGAGUUGGGUCCCAACAUGAGGAAGAACGUGGGCUACCAGGUGCGACUGGAGAGCAAGCCGCCUGCCAGGGGAGGAGCGCUGCUCUUCUGCACCGUGGGCAUCCUGCUGCGGAAGCUGCAGGGGAACCCCAGCCUGGAGGGUGUCAGCCACGUCGUGGUCGACGAGAUCCAGAAGCUCAACCCUGACCUGCGCCUGGUCUUGAUGAGCGCCACAGGAGACAAUCAGCGUUUCUCGCAUUACUUUGGGGAUUGCCCUGUGGUCAAGGUGCCGGGUUUCAUGUACCCCGUGAAGGAGUACUAUCUGGAGGAGAUCUUGGCCAAGCUGGGCCGGCACCGACACCGGCACUACGAGAUCAAGCAAUCGGAUGAUGAAUGCGUCCUCGAUCUUGAUCUGAUUACCGACCUCGUACUCCAGAUUGAUGCCCAUGGAGAACCAGGUGGGAUCCUCUGCUUCCUCCCUGGUUGGCAGGAAAUCAAAGGAGUGCAGCAGCGCCUGCUAGAGAUGCUGGGCUCUCAGAACAGCCGGUACCUCGUCUUACCAGUGCACUCCAACAUCCCCAUGAUGGACCAGCAAAACAUCUUCCAGCGGCCUCCGCCGGGCGUCAGGAAGAUCGUCCUGGCCACCAACAUCGCCGAGACCUCCAUCACCAUCAACGACAUUGUCCACGUGGUGGACAGUGGCACGCACAAGGAGGAACGCUACGAUCUGAAGACCAAGCUCUCCAAGGCUCUGGACAGCCCUGACAUCAAAGCUGUGGAUGAAGCAGUGAUCUUGCUGCAGGAGAUCGGUGAGCCAAGGCUGCGUCCUGGUGUGGGGGUGAUGGAGACGUGUUUGCUGUCNNNCUCCCCGGAUCCUCGGCUGGCGAAGGCCAUUGUCUUGGCAUCCAUCUACCGUUGCCUCCACCCUCUGCUCGUCAUCGUUUCCUGCCUCACCCGGGACCCCUUCAGCAGCAGCCUGCAGAACCGCGCGGAGGUGGACAAGGCCAAGGCUGUUCUGAGCCGGGAGAGCGGGAGCGACCACCUCGCGUUUGUCCGAGCCGUGGCGGGCUGGGAGGAGGUGCUGAGACGCAGAGACAGUCGCGCCAGGGAUAACUACCUGCAGGACUACUACCUGUACGGCCCCAGCCUUCGCUUCAUCAACGGCCUCGUCAAGCAGUUCUCCGAGAACCUCUACGAAGCCUUCCUGGUGUCGUCCCCGUCCGACUGUACCAUGCCCUCGUCUGUGUGUAACCAGUACAGUGAAGAGGAAGAGCUCAUCAAGGGGGUCCUCAUGGCUGGGCUCUACCCCAACCUCAUCCAGGUGAGACAAGGCAAAGUGACCCGUCAGGGGAAGUUCAAACCCAACAGCUACGCGUAUCGGACAAAGGCUGGCACCGUUCUGCUCCACAAGUCCACAAUCAACAGACAUGGCUUAAUCCCGUGA